AUGACGAAGAUAUGUAUGCUGAACGGUAUCGUGCACCAACGGACUGUCCCGUAUAGCCCUCAGCAGAAUGGAGUGGCAGAACGGAUGAACCGAACUAUCAUGGAGAGAUCUCGAAGUAUGCUAUACUACAAGGGCGUUCCAAUGGAGUGGUGGGCUGAAGCAGUUAGUACUGCGGUAUAUCUAAUCAACCGUUCCACGAACACGCACAACGCAACCGUAACACCGUUUGAGCUAGGUUUCAAAGUGAAACCUACGCUAGAUCACCUACGCGUAUUUGGUUCUCGCGGGUACGCUCACAUUGACGAAGCGAAGAGGACGAAGCUUGAACCUAAGAGCUUUAGAUGUCUGCUGCUCGGAUACCCAGAAAACGUCAAGGGUUACCGUGUCUAUGACUUGGACGCUUCCAAGGUCAAGGUUUCUCGCUCGGUGAAAUUGGACGAGCACGCCGAUGAUGAAGUCACGCUCGCACCAGUGGAACUUCAACCCGUCGAAGCGGAACCCAUGGAAGGCGUUGAGAACGAUGCACCGGAUGUAGAGAUGGAGAGCAUGCAACCGAUACAGGACGCUAUACCGCCGCUGCUGAUGCCACAAGAACGGUCAGCUUCCACUGGAUUUGAGUUGGAACCAAGUUCCCGGGAACCAGUCUUCCUUCUUGAAGAGGGAACGGACGCAGAGGAAGAACGGAAGUCGGAAGGAAGAGAUGGACCGUCCUAUCCGAAGCGUGCCAGGAUCGAUGAAGACGGCCUUAUUGCUGAAGCCGUCCUCGCGUACGCAGCAAGCAUUGACACAGUGGAUCUUCCUACAACAUACGCUCAGGCAAUUGCCAGUGAAGAUUCAACACAGUGGCGUGAAGCCAUGGAUGCUGAACUGCUCUCUCAUAAACGGAACGAUACCUGGACAUUAGUUCCACGAGGAACGGCCAUCCGUACCAUUGGGUGCAGAUGGGUUUUCGCCAAGAAGCGUGACCAGAACGGUCGCGUGGUGCGCUUCAAAUCGCGGUUGGUGGCGAAGGGUUUCAAGCAGAAGUACGGAGUGGAUUUUUUUGAAACGUACUCUCCUGUGGCGAACAUGAACUCGAUUCGAGUUGUGCUCUCCGUCUGCGCUGCUUUCGCGUACCAGAUGGAACAGUUGGACGCUGACACAGCGUUCCUCAACAGUGAGUUGGAGGACCGUGUCUACAUGGAGGUACCAAUUGGCGUUGAGAACGCUCAGAACUAUGUGUGCCAGCUGAACAAGGCCAUCUAUGGACUGAAGCAAGCUGCAAGUGCCUGGAACAAGACCAUUCAUCGGGUAUUUCUUGGGUACGGAUUCAAGAGCUGUGGUGCGGACCAGUGCGUCUAUGUCAAGCGUUCCAAGAGCAAUUUCAUUUACGUCUGUCUUUACGUAGAUGAUAUGAUCAUUGCGGCGAAGACUAGUGAUGAAAUUGAUGACGUGAAAAACGCACUCAAGAGUGUCUUUAAGAUGAAGGAGCUUGGACCGGCGAAAUUUAUCCUGGGAAUGGAGAUCGACCAUAACAUGACUGCUGGAACGCUUAUGAUUAAGCAAACGCGAUACAUCGAUGAUGUGGCGAAACGGUUCGGGCAAGAGAACGCUAAGUCGGUUGACAACCCGUGUGCAACUGGUCUUAAGUUGUCAAAGUCGCAAUCGCCAGCAACGGAUGAAGAGCGAAGAAAGAUGCAAUCGAGACCGUACCGCUCCUUAAUUGGAUGCCUACUGUAUAUCACGACGUGUACUCGCCCGGACAUUUCAUUCGUGGUAACGCAACUUUCUCGUUUCCUGGAGAAUCCCGGGGCGCAGCAUUGGAACGCUGCUAUACGUGUUCUACGCUACUUAAAGACGACUCGCCAGCACGGGAUCAUCUACAAAGGUGGUACUGGCAGCGUCACAGCUGAAGCCUACUCGGAUGCGGACUGGGGUUCCAACCUCGACGACAGGCGUUCUGUCUCGGGGGUUAUGAUCAUGAUUGGGAACGCUCCGGUGGUGUUCAAAUCUAAGUUCCAACGAACGGUUGCCCUCAGCUCAGCGGAAGCUGAGUAUAUGGCUUUAAGCCUAUGCGUUCAGGAAGUGCUAUGGACGCGUGCGAUACUGACGGACAUGGGAAUGGUACAAAUGAACGCUACCCAGAUAUGGGAGGACAAUCAAGGAGCGAUUGCUUUGGCCCAAAACGCUGGUUAUCAUGCUCGGACCAAGCAUGUGGACAUCCGUCAUCACUUCAUCAGAGAGACGAUUGAAGACAGGACGGUUGCGGUAGCGUAUGUGGACACCAAACAUCAAUUGGCCGACAUACUGACCAAGGCGCUAGGAUCCAAGACGUUCAAGUUCCUGCGCGAUGCAAACAGUAUCCAGUGCAAAGAAACCAAGCAGUAG